CCCGAAGAAAUUAACCAAACGAAACCCAUUUUCUGUUUUUMUAUAUGGGUUACUCUGUAUCCAUUCCUGAUUCUUCACCCUAUACAAUAUAUAGAAGCUGCUCUGUUUUCCCCAAAUCCCCUGCAGCAGAGGAUUUCUUAGAAUCUCUGGUUUACAGCCGCCAUGUCGGCGUUGCCAUCUCCGGCGGAGGCCAAAUUCUGCCACUUCGAUGAAGGGGCCAUCGCCGGAGCAGGACCCGGAAGCGAGUUCAGCAAUUACAGGUUCAGCAGCAGCACGAGCGAGAUAGAGGAAGAGGGUUCGAGCGAGAUUUUUGAGACGAAUGAGAAAAUGGGGUCGUCGGCGGCGGCGGCCAUGGAGACCAUUAGAGAAGAUUAUAGUGGCGGUUGUUCGUUCUCGUCGGAUGCUCUGAAAUGGGAGGAUUGCGUUUAUGUCGGAGUGGGGAAGAGCGAAUCCAGCGUCGAGGCGCUUCAAUGGGCGCUCAAGAACGCCGUUACAGCCUCCACUACCGUCGUCUACCUCUUACAUGUCUUCCCAGAGACACGAUACAUUCCCAGCCCCUUGGGGAAGAUUCCAAUUAAUCAGGUGGAUAAACAACAAGUGGCUAUCUAUGUAGCUCAAGAAGAGAGCAAAAGGAAGGAUUUUCUUCAGAAGUUUAUUGAUUUCUGUUCUGCUGCUAAGGUUAAGGCAGACACUGUGCUCAUAGAGAGUGACAUGGUGGGAAGGGCUAUUUUGGAUGUUAUACCAAUUCUCAACAUAAGGAAGCUAGUCCUUGGAAUCAACAAAUCCAGGAAGUUGAGAUUGCGAGGAGGAAGCGGAAUUGCAAAUGAGAURCUUCAGAAAGCUCCGGGGUUUUGCGAGGUUAAGGUUGUUUGUGAAGGGAAGGAAGCAAGCAACCAGUUGGCUCAUUGUGGGUCGCCCUCUCCUCUCUCUUCUCCUCGCUACCACGACGAUAGCUCCAAGGAUAAUGAUCCUAAUUCUAGCGUUACAGUAGCUGAAGAACAACGAAACAGUUCAAUCUCUUGCAUGUGUUUUAAAACUAAGUUUGUCUGAUGAACAUGUACUUUGUACUCUCUUGUCCUUAAUAUUGUGUAAAAGAUCAAAGUUUGUAUUUUGAUUUCUAUGUAAAUGAAUUUUAAUGAGAUCRGAUGAAUGCAAAGGAUUUAUCUUCCUAUGACUGGGAAGAUAGACUGGAACCUGAUGGUGAAAAUAGCUAAA